AUGGAAGGGGGGUGGCUUGCAAAGGGGGGACUCCUCCUGUGCCUCACAGUCAGCUUUCUGCUUUCAGGGAAGGCAGGUGCCUUCACCAUCAACUGUUCAGGCUUUCACCAGAAUGGGGUGGACCCCGCUGGCUUCCAGGCCAUCUUUGACCAGAAGGACUUCCGUCCAGUCACCAACUACAGCAUCCCCAUGAGAGUCAACAUCUCCUUCACCCUGUCUGCCAUCCUGAAUGUGGAUGCACAACUUCAGCUGCUGACAUCAUUUAUGUGGUUAAAGUUGACCUGGCAUAACCCCUUCAUCAGCUGGGACCCAGAAGAAUGUGGUCAGAUCAAGAAACUCAGUGUGACCAUUGAGAAUCUGUGGCUGCCAGACAUCUUCAUCAUGGAAUCCAUGGACGUGGAUCAGACCCCGGAAGGCCUGUCCGCAUACGUGGCUCAUGACGGCCAAGUCGUCUACAACAGGCCGGUGCGGGUGACCAGCAUCUGCAGCCUGGACAUCUUCUACUUCCCCUUCGACCAGCAGAACUGCACCCUCACCUUCAGCUCCUUCCUCUACACGGUGGAGCACCUGCUGCUGGGCAUGGACAAGGAGGUGCAGGAGAUGACAAGUACCUCGCGCAGGGUGGCCCGCACACAGGGGGAGUGGGAGCUGCUGAGCAUCAGCAAGGCCACCCCGAAGAUGUCUGUGGGCUCCAGUCUGUUUGACCAGAUCCUGUUCUAUGUGGCCAUCAGGCGCAGGCCCAGCCUCUACGUCCUCAACCUCCUGGUGCCCAGCGGCUUCCUGGUGGCCAUCGACGCCCUCAGCUUCUACCUGCCGGCUGAAAACGAGAACCGCGCCCCGUUCAAGAUCACCCUGCUGCUGGGCUACAACGUCUUCCUGCUCAUGAUGAACGACCUGCUGCCCGCCAGCGGCACCCCCCUCAUCAGUGUGUACUUGGCCCUGUGUCUGGCCCUGAUGGUGGCCAGUCUGCUGGAGACCAUCUUCAUCACCUACCUGCUGCACGUGGCCACCACCCAGCCCCCACCCGUGCCCCCCUGGCUCCAUACCCUGCUGCUCUGUGCCCCCCGUCCAGCCAACUGCUGCCCCACACUGCCCUACAAGCUGGCCCAGGGCCCCCACCUGCCCCCUGCCCAGCAGCCUGGCCUGAAGGAGCCGGGGAAGCCAGAGGAGCCCGUGCGGAUGGCCCCUGACCAGCAGGAAGCAGAGCUGAACCAGGGCUCAGGAUCCACAGGGGUGCGACUAGCUGACCAGUGGGUGUGUCUCUGCCACAUGACGGACGCCUUCCUCUUUCGACUCUACCUGCUCUUCCUGGUCUCCUCUGUCAUCACUGUCAUUGCCCUCUGGAGCACCUAG